GCGCGGCGCCAUGGCGGAGCUGGACUUGCUGGGCUCCAUCCUGAGCGCCAUGGAGCGGCCGCCCGGGCUGGGCGACCAGGAGACGCGGCGCCGCGCGCGAGAACAAGCCGCCCGGCUGAAGAAGCUGCAGGAGCAGGAGAAGCGGCAGAAGGUGGAGUUCAGAAAGAGGAUGGAGAAGGACGUGUCUGAUUUCAUCCAGGACAGCGCGCAGACCAAAAAGAAAUUUCAGCCCAUGAACAAGCUUGAACGCAGCAUCCUGCACGACGUGGUGGAAGUGGCUGGUCUGACGUCCUUCUCCUUCGGUGACGAUGAGGAGAGUCGUUACGUCAUGAUCUUUAAGAAGGAGUUCGCCCCGUCGGACGAGGAGCUGGAGGCCUAUCGCUGCGGGGAGGAAUGGGACCCACAGCGGGCCGAGGAGAAACGCCGCCUCAAGGAGCUGGCUCAGAGGGAGGCGGAGCAGGAGGCGCUGAGGGGCCCCGCCGUGGUGAACCCCAACACCGACUACAAGGACAAAUACAGUCACCUCAUCGGCAAGGAGGCCGCCAAGGACGCCGCCCACACCAUGCAGGCCAACAAGGCCUACGGCUGCGUUCCCGUGGCCAACAAGCGGGACACGCGCUCCAUCGAGGAGGCCAUGAACGAGAUCCGGGCGAAGAAGCGGCUGCGGCAGAGCGAAGACGAGGGGCCGGGCGGGGCCGGGACCUCCUAG